CAAGAAAUUGGCGCGCAUUUACUGCAGUUUCCCUCGCAUUUCCAGGAAGUUGUCGGCUCACUUGGUGCACUGCCCUUUGUGUUAAUUCAGUUCUGUGUCGUUAUUUUCUGUGUUAACCGGCAAAAUGUUCGAAGCACGUUUGACGGCGAGUGCCACCUUCAAGAAAAUCCUGGAUGCCAUCAAGGACCUUCUCAAUGAAGCCUCCUUUGACUGCUCCGAGUCGGGGAUCCAGCUCCAGGCCAUGGACAAUUCCCACGUCUCUCUGGUGUCCCUUAUGUUGCGAUCCGAUGGUUUCGAUAAAUACAGAUGCGACCGCAACUUAACAAUGGGCAUGAAUCUGGCUAAUAUGGCAAAGAUAUUCAAAUGUGCGAACAACGAAGACACGGUCACGAUCAAGGCCCAGGACGAUGCCGACAUAGUCACCUUCAUGUUCGAAGCCAAAAAGCAGGAGAAAAUCUCCGAUUACGAAAUGAAACUCAUGAAUUUGGACCAGGAGCAUCUGGGGAUUCCUGAGACGGAUUUCUCCUGCGUUAUUCGCAUGCCUUCUGGCGAGUUUGCCAGGAUAUGCAAGGAUUUGGCCCAGUUUGGGGAAUCCAUCAUGAUUUCGUGCACGAAAGAAGGAGUUAAAUUCUCCACUGGCGGCGAUAUUGGAACUGCGAACGUGAAAAUCGCUCAAACUAACAACUUUGAGAAGGAAGAGGAGUCGGUAACGAUCGAAAUGCAGGAACCUGUGAGCCUAACUUUCGCCUGCCAGUAUUUGAAUUCCUUCACGAAAGCUACUCCUCUGGCGUCUCAGGUCCAGUUGUCCAUGUCUGACAACGUCCCACUCGUGGUCGAGUACCAGAUCCCCGAUCUUGGACACCUUAGGUUUUACUUAGCUCCCAAAAUUGAAGAGGAUGAAAACUAGACUAUUUAAUUUGAGUCCAAUAUUCACGUUCUUACUCAUUUGUUCACGUUCUGUAUUUUUUAAACUAAAAUAAAGUGCUACUUUUAAUAA